GCGGGGUGGAAGCCAAGGCGAGGUGAGAUCCGCUCAGCAUGGAGGCUUUGGUGUUGACUUCACCACGAUACGACCGGUGAGGGAUGGCGCUACAGAUGUUCACCCCGACCUCCCCCAGGAGGGUUCGUCUCCGCAGGUCAGGGAGCUCGUCGGGAAGACGGAGGCUGGAGGAGCUCUUCAGGACCCCGCGCUCCUCUGUGGAGAGAAUGGACGUGUCCGGAGUGGCUCGAGACCUCUUGAUGACCGUUGACCUAAAAGAUGACCAAAUGGUGCAGACCAAGUGUUUCACCAACUGGGCAAACUCAUACCUGGCCAAGCGCAACCCUCCUGUCACAAUCUUCAACCUGUUUGAGGAGAUGAAGGAUGGAAUCAACCUGCUGUAUCUGCUGGAGGUGCUGUCUGGGGAAGAACUGGUGCCAGACAAAGACACAGGGACAGGUGUCCAGGCUGUCAGAAAGGGCCGUGACAUGACGCUGUCUGACAAGGUCACCAAUGCCAAGGCAUCGCUGGCUUACCUGGAGGACAAUGGGGUCAAGAUUCCAGCUGGGGUGACCCCACAGGAAAUCACCAAUGGAACUCCCCCCAAGAUUCUGGACCUCAUGUGGGCAAUUGUCUCACAUUACCAGAUUGAAGAGGUGGCCAAGAUGUCCCGGAGGACUGUGAGCGGACUGAAUGCGUCUAUGGGAGAUGACAGCAUGUACGGUACCAUGCCUCGCACCAGCUCACAAUCCACUACCCCUACCAAGGGGGGCAAGUUUGGGUUUAGUGGAAGCUCCUCCAGCCUGCCCUCCCUGGGGAAGAGGAAGAAGAGUUCUCGUGACCAGAGCCCAGGUCCGAACAGGAAGAAGUCAGGCAAGGAGACCAAGGAAGCCCAGAAGAUCCUGCUCAAGUGGUCACAGAAUGCUGUUGAUCGACGCGUUGUUGACGUGAAAGACUUCAGCAAGAGCUGGCGGAACGGCAAGGCCUUCAGUUCGCUGGUGCACACGAUCCAACCUGACCUGGUCGACAUGCCCCGCCUCUCCACGAAGAGCGCCUCCUCACGUAUGGAGCACGCUUUCACCGCGGCCGAGAGGUUCCUGGGAAUCCCUAAACUCAUUGACUCAGAAGACGUGGAUGUGGACAGGCCCGAUGGUCGGAGCGUGAUGACCUACGUAUCCCUGUUUGCCCAAGCCUUCCCACAAGCCGGUGGCUGGACGGCCCCCACCCCUUCACAAAGGGAUGUGCGGUACCUUGGACUUGGCAGCGGCAACACCUCGUCAUUCCGACGUGCAGGCAGCGCUAGGGGGACGUACGGUUCCUCCAGCGGUGGUGGGGGGGCCUACGUUUCCACCAGCGGUGGUGGUGGGGCUUACAGCGUCGGGGGUGGAGACAACCCCUCCGUGUCCGUCACAGAGUUCCAGUCUACCAGGACGACCGAGGUGACCAGCUACGAGCAGAACACUCAGCUGUCCAGCUACGAGCAGAGUUCACAGUUGGCUGCAGAGGACAGCUACAGGACCAGCGAUGUUACGUCCGAUUCCCUCUACGAUGAUGUGAUGAAUGAGGUGGGAGCUGGCGGAACCUUUUCUGGACAGCGGUUCAAGACUGAUGUCGUGAUGAACGGAUCCGGACAAGAGAUGCAGAGCGCCUCCAACCACCUGGAUGUUCAAGUGGGGAGCUUCCGCGGUGAAUCUGCGGCCGGCAAGGGCGGCAGGUAUUCUGGAGAGUUCAGUCAGCAGAGCUCACAGCAGACGUCCAAGGGAGGAGGCUAUGGUGGAGAGUAUGAGCAGAGUUCAGCUCAGGUGUUCACAUACGACAACAAGGGCGGACAGUCCCAGUCCACAUCUGUCCGCUCGUCUGCCCUGAUGGAAGAUGGCUCCUCCCCCACUGUCGUCAUGGCCAAUAAAGGAGACAUGUCACCAAUCCGUGUGUCUAUCAACUUACCGUCCUAUGCUGGGCGACGUGGUGGGAGUACCAGCAAGUCGGGUGGAGCAAGCCCUGGAGAAGACGAAUACAGUCGCGGCCUGGGAAACAUCCGCGGCUGGUUGGCGGAUGUGGAGAAGGAGUACCCCAAGGACAUCAUGGUGUACCAUCAGGAUGUGCAAGAGCACAUCGAGGACUUGGAGACGCUGGACACAGAGGCAGGGAAGCAGGAGGACAAGCUGAGUACCUUGAGUCGACAGGUGGACUCCGUGUUUGGUUCACGUGGCGACGAGGCCAGGGUCGCCAAGAGUGAUCUGAACGAUGUUCAGGAAGAGAUCACAAGAAUCAGAAACGAUGUCUCCAAGGAAAAGAACAACUGCACCCGGAUGCUUCCAUAUGUGAAGCGUUUCGAGGACGACACGGCAGAAAUCGACAACUGGUUGUCUGACGCUGAGAAGCUGAUGAUGUCUCAUAUGGUUGACUCCACCUCUGCCAAAUUCAACCAGAGGGUGCAAAACCACAAGGAGUUCUUCACCACCAGAAACACCAUGCGUAACAAGCUCAGCAGCUGUAACAGUGACCUGAAGAAGAUCGAGGGUCUGUGCCUGGACAACCAUGACAAGUCACCCCUGCAGACUCGCUUCGAUGACAUCGACUCCAGGUUUGAGGAUGGCAUGGCGCUGUCUCUCACCUGGGACGACAAACUGGACGAUAUCCAGGAGAACUGGAGGGACUUCGACAAGCGCACAGAUGACGUCGGGUCCUGGUUGGACAAGGCCAACGACAUCAUGACUGACCGUGACCAACCGCUGGACAUUCAGAUUGCUCGCCACGAGAUGUUGGUGACAUUCUUCAAAGAUGUGGACUCUGACAUGAUGGAGGGACUGGUGCAGAGUGGAGAGAGGCUGGCUGAAGACAUGAAUGACCCUGAGAAGGAACAACUGCAGGACCAAAUGGGCAGGAUUGAAAACAAGUGGAAGGAUGUGAUGUACCAAGCACCCAUUGCCCUGAUGAAGCUGAAAUUCCGCAAGUCCCAGGACCUGUAUAGGGAGACUGUAGACAAGGCGAAUAAGGAGACGGACAGGGAAUAUGAGUUGUUGGUAAACCCAUCGGUGGACAGGGACGACCUCCGUCACACUCAUGAGGGCCUGUACCUCAGGGAGCCAGAAGGCUUCAUACCAACUGCAGAAAGGCACGUGAGUGACAUGGAAAACUACAGCCGGGAGCUGGUACAGUACAGUGUGGAUGAGAUGUCCCUGGUGGGACCUGCUAAAGAUAACAGGGAGCACUUUGAGGGUGUGAGGAAGGAACAGCAAGUGUUGUGGGAAAAGUUGAGGAAUGCAAGGACUGACCAGGAGGGUAAAGGUCCAGGAGGAUAUCAGAUUUCAACUAACGUUACACAGGUACCUGGAGGUCAUGGAGGUCAGGGCCUUGAUGGUGUCUAUGGUCCCAAAGGAUACCCCGGAAAGGGUCGCCAGCCACCAGAUUACAACAGCGUGGAGGGAGGGUACGGAAUUGACGGCAAUCAGCAACCUCAAAGAUAUGGUGCUUUGGACAGAGGUGGUAGAUAUGGUGGCGUCCCAUCAAGGCUGUCCUAUCAGUACCCCCGGGGAUACAGACGACCAGAUAAAGGUUACAGAUAUGGUGGUGUUCCCUUCAAUAGGACCAAGCAGCCUGUGGAAGAUGGGAAACAGGGAAAAGGUGGUGGUGAUGCUGAUGCUGAGAGCAGUGCCUCAGAUACUCCAUCUGAUCAGCCACCCAAAGAAGAAAAGCAGGAAAUUGUUGAACCUGAGGCUGAUACUGUAACUGUUGCUGUUGAAAGCAGUGAUACAGUCCCAGCAGAUUAUCAGACUCCUGUUGAACAGAAAGAGCAGGAAAAUAUUGUAGCUGAAGACAAUGAAAGCAGUGCUACGGUCCCAGCAAGUGAUCAGCAACCUGCUGAAGAAGAAGAAAAUGAAGAAAAAGUAGAAGCUGAAGCUGACUGCAGUGUUACAGAUAUGCCAGAUACACAGCAAGCUGCUGAAGAAGAAGAAAAUGAGGAAAAGGUAGAGGCUGAGGCUGACCGCAACAUUACAGAUAUGCCAGAUAAACAGCAACCCCAGGAGACUGGUCGUCCAGAUAAAGGUGCCGGAUAUCAUGGUGCCUCUUCUGGAGAUACUCCCCAGCAGUUACCUGACAGUACUGACAGUGGUGGUGGUGGUGCCAGUGAUGCUACCAUCUUUGCUACAGUUAUCCCCAAAGUACAGCCUCAUGCAGUCAGUCAGGACAGGUGGAGUGAUAACUUUCCUACUCAUAAGCCACCCCCAUACCCAGGGUCCGCCGGCAUUUCACAUCUAGGAAACGUCAGUUCCACCUCUGAGUAUGAGCCACCACUAGAGCCCAGACCAGAAGCCAGUCUAGAUAGAAGAGACAUAUCAGCUAAACUCAAUGAGUUGUUUGGACAACAGCCAUUCAGCCAUCCUGGCCGCAACAGUGACAGAAAGGACAUGCAUGUCAGAUUUGCCCCCGAUCUUGAGACACCAACACAUCCAGACAAGAAAUAUAACCUGAGUGGUGAACCCACCAACCUUGAAGCACCCAUAACCAUAGUAGUGUCUGAGAAAGAGGGAGAUGCUAUUGUUGUGUCUCCAGACAAGUCCUCUUGGUACAAAGGAUAUUAUAUGAAGAUCUCGAACCCCAUGGAUCAAAACAUUUCUGGAAUGAAGGGUCGGGGAGGUGAAGACGACGACAGGGAUAGAGACAGGGAUGGCCUGCAGCGGUCUGGAGAUGGUGCCUCACAGAGGGGUGGUGGAGAUGGCUAUGGACCAGGACAAGUUGUUGGAGGCCGGGAUGGGUAUAACGGAGGCGUUGGUGGUCAAAUCAAUAUUCACGAGACCAUUGUGAUCAAUGAGUAUGAGCAAAACGUGUAUCAACAGGGAAAAGGUGGCGGCUACGGAACCGGGUCCUGGAAAACUAGACCAGAGGAGAUUGAACGAGCACACAGGUGGAAGCAGUUCUUUGAGAAGAAGGAGGCUAUGUUGCAAGAGUGUACCCAGAUUGAUGACACCUUGGAUGGGGAAGAGCAGCUGGAGAUCACUCCACCCAAUGUCAAGUCAAGGGAUCAUUUGUUUGAGCGUCUAGAUCGUGAGUUGAAGCAGAACAGAGGCGAGACCCCAGAUCUGAAGGACAUGGGCAGUUGGCUGGAGAGGGAAAUGCCUCAUAAGAAAGACGACAUCGUGGGAGACAUUGCCUUUGUUGAGAAGGCGCAAGAUGAAACUGAGGAUCACUUGCGAAGAGCAAGAGAGGAGCACGAGAACCUCCUGACAAGGGUCAACGACUUCUAUGAGUGCAAGGAGAGGACCCACAAGUGCAUCGACAGGGCAGAGCUGGUGCUGAGGAGCAGGAUCUGCCAGAGGCCUGCAGACAUCGCCAGUCAGCUAGACAAGCAUGAGAAUGCAGAGGGAGAGCUUUCCAACAACAUGCCGAAGCUGGACCUGAUGAGUAAGAGAGGGACUGAACUGGUGCAGGAUCUCAGGUCGUCCAACCUGUGGAAGACAACCGAGAUUCGUAAAGAGAUGGACCACACCUCACACAGGUGGAUCGAGGUGAGUGAGCAACUGCAUGACAACAAGGAUGUGCUGCGGAACAUGGAGAACAUCUGGGAUGAGAUGUACAACAUCAACAGUGACUUUGAGGACUGGUUCAAUGGCCCAGUGGAGGACCUUCGCAAAAAGCUGUACAGCAUCAGCGAUGCCAGCGAAGUGCCCGACAUGCAGAGGAGGCUAGAUCUGUUCCAGGAUGAGAUAAUUGACCGUGAGAACCAGUGGACCAAGCUGAACAACCGUGCCCAGCGGCUGCAGGACCUGAACCAGAAUGUGCCCAUCUCUCUGGUGGAGAGGCUGGUGCAGAGGAACAAGGACGGCAUUGAGGAGGCCAAGAAGCUAGCCAUUGAGGGAAGACGCAAGCUGGACAGCUUCAAGGCUAACCAGGACUUUGGCCGCCGCAACUUGGAUCCUCUGCAGAAGUGGCUGGACAAGGAGGAACGAUUGCUGAAGGCCCAGUAUGACCUACAGAUGGACAUUUAUAGCAAGAAGGCACAAAGAGACAAGUUUGAGAGUUUCUCCAAUGAGAUUGCCUCCCACCGCUGGAAGUUUGAUGAGGUGAACUCCAAGGCCAGGGAGGUGAACCUCAGCCAGAACCCCGAGAUUGUCAGGCAGCUGGAACAGAUCAAUGAUCGCUAUAGUGCUCUCAAGAUAGAAUGCGAUGACAUAACAAAGAAGUGUGAGGGGCACGUGGCCGACCACAGCCAGUACGAUGAGCUGUAUGACGAGGCCUCCGAGUGGCUGAAGCAGCAGAGAGAGAAGCUGAGGGAAGCACAGCAGCCCACAACCGACUGGAAGGAACUGGAGGAGCAUCAUGCAAACAUCAAUCUCCUCCUCCUGACCAAGAAGAGAGGGGAGAUCAAGAUCAACAACACCUCGGAGAGGGCAGACGUCACCAUGGAUAACACGUCUGCUGACGGCAAGCCAAUCAUCAUCGACCAAGUAGAAUCUCUUCGCCACGAGUUUGAACUCUACCUGGAAGAGCUGAACGCAGCCAAGCUGAAGGUGGAGGGCCAACUGGAGGGAAUGAAGCCCGAGAUCAACCGCUCUAAACUAAGUGACAGGAGUAUAGCGAUCGAGCAGAGACUUGACGAAAACCUAUCCCAGCAGUCAAUCAGCAGUACCUACCAGUACACUCAGUCUACCAAAACUGUCUAUGGCUCCCAGACCAUUGGCGGUUCUGGUGGUGCUGGUGGUGCUGGCGGUGGAUACGGUGGUAUCGGCCAAUCCGCUGGCGGUGGAUACGGUGGUACUAGCCAGACCUCUGGCAUUGGUAUCGGCCAAGGCGGUGGAUACGGUGGUAUCAGCCAGUCCGCCGGCGGAGGAUAUGGUGGUGGCACCGGCAGUGGAUACGGAGUCCAGACCACUAGUAGUACUUAUAGUACUAGUGGUGCUGGUGGUGGUGGUGGUGUCAGUACAGGCGUCGGAGGAAGCUCCAGCAUUAACCAGUUUCUGGGUGGAGGAUCCUCGGCCGUCUUUGACGUGUCAGUCAGCCGUGUCAAGACGAGUUCUGUCACCAAGGACAUUGGGAUCCAGCCCAGUCCCAGUCGUCAGCGGACGAGCACUUCGACAGAGACCAUGACUGACGACCUGCGAAAGAAGGUUGGCGACAAAGUGUUCCAGGAGAUCGUGCUUCAGCCAGGCGAGCGUAGGACCUUCGGCAGCGGGGACAACGUCGUUCACUACCACAACAGCCAAUCGGAACCAAUCACGGUCAAAAUCAACUACCUGGUCAACUACUACGAGUGACACAGUGGGCAGGGCCUAGGGUUACCAAACCAGCCCAGGAAUUUUCCACCCACUGUUCACUAAAGAUCAUGCAUCUUUUGCAUUUAGUCAUUUAUACGUCAGCUUACUUUUUAUCCAAAGCAUUAUAGGAUCUCCUAAAGUGAUAAAUGUUAAUAUUUUAAGUCACUGGUUGCGGAGAGCUGUCUGGUACACAGUAUAUAUUUACGACGCUUUGAUUAGAAAGAAUUACCAAUUGUAAAUUAGGGUGGUGGAUAUGCAGGAAUGGAAAAUAGCAAGAAGCUAACUGUGUAAGAAUGGAUGGCUUGCUGGGAACUGUGAUGCAAUAAACAAUUAAGUGGGACAGUAAAAACUCACCCAGUAAGGUAUAUGUGUAAUUGCCACACAUUGUGCUAGUUAAUGGAUAAGAUUGGAAGGAUUUGAACAUGUAGAAUUUCAUUGGCAAAAAGGUUCAUUUUGGCAGUUCAUCGGCCUUUGAAUUCAUCUACAUCAUAAUGAUACAUAUUAAGUAUAAAAGAUCAUGCAUGGAAAGUGACUGUCAAUCAAUUUGAUGAAAUGGAAUGAAUUUUUGAAAAGAAGAAGGUUUAUGCUCAUUAAAUUUAGGGUCUUUGUGACACAAAGCUUGCAUUAUCUGAUUACAAACUACUUUUUAUAGUUUUUGUUUAAGAAUAGACAUCCAAUACAGGUGUGGCUGAAAAAAUCUGUUAAAAAAAUUAUAGUAGGUUACAAUAGUUGUUUAGAGAACGCACUAACAUUAGAUUUUAGUUUUACUACAUGUAUAGUCAUUGGGGAAGAUGGAAGCAUAUUAAAGGUAGACAUAAAAGAAGAGCCUAUUCAUAGAAAGAUUUUAUACUUGCAACAGCAAGCAAUUUCUGCAGAAACAUAAUAAUCACAUGGAUGGCCAGUAGAUGCCCUAUAUCAGCUAUUAUGAAAGUGCAAACGUUGAUGGUGUCGUUAUUGUUGAGUUUGCCUGUACGAGACUUCUAGUCUACUGCAACAGUUUACGCCUUUGAGAUUGCUUUAUGUUAUGUGACGUUACAAGGUGUCUGAGGGAAGAGAGUCAUUUUGUAGUGCAGGAAAGUGUGUUCGUAUAUGUUCAAGUGGGUUACAGGUGCAGGAUGAAAUGAUACUGAUACUUUAGUGUUCAAAACCAAUAAAGAUGCGUCUUAGUCAUGCCAA